AUGUCAAAGGCCAGUGACAGCCAGAACAGGUCCGAGGAGCAAGUUAACCUCAUGGAGGGAAAAACCCCUUCUAGUAGCUAUGAUGAGGAUAGUAGAAGCACCCCUAGCAACUUUCCAAAGGCUGCUACCAGACAGCGGAACAAAAGAAAUUCUAAAAGUGAAGAUGAGGACUUUGUGAUUGAGGAGGACGUGACCUCCAUGAAGAAAGUGCUGAAGAAGGAAUAUGUUGGUGCCGCUGCCACCAAGCCAUGCCUUCGCAAGAAAGCUCCUACCAAGAGAACUCCAAUGUCGAAAGCCAGAGCUUCAACUAAGGAAACUAUGCAGUUCACACUUGAGCCCAGAGAGGAAGAUGAUGCUGCUAGUGGGAAGAAUAAAAUGAAGGAAAGUGUCAAGAAAACUGUGGCCAGAGUGAUUGGAAGACCAUCCAUGAUGAGGGGUGAGGAUGGAUAUGAGGAGGAGGAAGACCAUUUUGCACCUCCUGUCAACUCAGAGAAGUUGAUGGUAGAUGCCAUCAAGACUGGUGUUGCUCCUUCCAAGCCCAUGUCUGGUCCCAAACUAGCUGCCCCCAAGCCUUCUUCUCCAAAGAGAUCCACAAGAAAUAUCUCAGCUGCAAAGAAGAACAAGAGGCCCUAG